GGAUUUUUCGAGCGACGCCGAGCUCCACGGGUCCCGACGCUGUCGGCACAUGCGCGACGGCCCCGUUCCCUCUUCCUCCGCCUCCCCUGGCUUCCGCCGGCCGCGGAGCCGCCGCCACCGCCGCCGAGGAGUCAGGAAGUUCAAGAUGGCCGCCGCGGAGGCGCCGUCGCUGCGGGAACAGCCAGAGAUGGAAGAUGCUAAUUCUGAAAAGAGUGUUAAUGAAGAAAAUGGAGAAGUAUCAGAAGACCAGUCUCAAAAUAAGCACAGUCGUCAUAAGAAAAAGAAACAUAAACACAGAAGUAAACAUAAGAAACAUAAACAUUCUUCAGAAGAAGACAAGGAUAAAAAGCAUAAACAUAAGCAUAAACAUAAGAAACACAAAAGAAAAGAGGUCAUUGAUGCUUCUGACAAAGAAGGUAUGUCUCCAGCAAAAAGAACUAAACUUGAUGAUUUAGCUUUGCUGGAAGACUUGGAGAAGCAGAGAGCCUUGAUUAAAGCUGAACUCGAUAAUGAGUUAAUGGAAGGAAAGGUCCAGUCUGGGAUGGGCCUCAUAUUACAAGGUUAUGAGUCCGGCUCUGAAGAAGAGGGGGAGAUCCACGAAAAGGCAAGAAAUGGAAAUAGGUCUAGUACUAGAUCUUCAAGUACGAAGGGGAAACUUGAACUUGUGGACAAUAAAAAUAGUACAAAAAAGCGAAGUAAAAGCAGAUCCAAAGAACGGACUAGACAUAGGUCUGAUAAAAAGAAAAGUAAGGGAGGUGUUGAAAUAGUUAAAGAGAAGGCAGCGAGGAGCAAGUCAAAGGAGAGGAAAAAGUCGAAAAGUCCCUCCAAAAGAAGUAAGUCUCAAGAUGAAGCCAGAAAGUCCAAGUCGCCCACCCUUAGACGGCGCUCUCAAGAGAAGGUUGGGAAGGCCAGAUCUCCUGUCGAUGACAAGGUUAAAGUCGAAGAUAAAACUAAGUCAAAGGAUAGGAAAAAAUCCCCUGUUAUAAAUGAAAGUAGAAGUCGUGAUCGAGGCAAGAAAUCUAGAUCCCCAAUCGACUUGAGAGGUAAAUCCAAAGACAGAAGGUCACGGUCCAAAGAGAGAAAAUCAAAACGGUCUGAAGCCGAUAAAGAGAAGAAGCCAGUCAAGUCUCCCUCUAAAGAUGCUUCCUCUGGGAAAGAAAACAGGUCACCCAGUAGAAGACCUGGUCGCAGUCCCAAAAGAAGAAGUUUGUCUCCGAAACAGCGUGAUAAGUCAAGAAGAAGUCGAUCCCCACUCUUGAAUGACAGGAGGUCUAAACAGAGCAAGUCACCUUCUCGAACCCUGUCUCCUGGCAGGAGAGCCAAGAGCCGGUCCUUGGAAAGAAAACGCAGGGAGCCUGAAAGGAGACGCCUCUCUUCCCCAAGAACACGACCUCGAGAGGACAUCCUCAGUAGGCGGGAAAGGUCCAAGGAUGCCAGCCCGAUCAGUAGGUGGUCUCCAGCUCGAAGACGAGCCAGUAGAUCUCCUGUUAGGAGGAGGUCCCGUUCCCCCCUCAGACGGAGCCGGUCUCCCAGAAGAAGAAGCAGGUCUCCUCGGAGAAGGGACAGAGGUCGGAGGAGCAGAUCACGCCUGAGAAGGCGGUCUCGAUCACGGGGUGGGCGCAGACGUAGGAGCAGAAGCAAAGUCAAGGAAGACAAAUUUAAAGGAAGUCUUUCUGAAGGAAUGAAGGUCGAGCAGGAAUCGUCAUCUGAUGACAACCUUGAAGACUUCGAUGUUGAGGAGGAAGAUGAAGAAGCCUUGAUAGAACAGAGAAGAAUACAAAGACAGGCCAUCGUUCAGAAAUACAAAUACCUUGCUGAUGACAGCAACAUGUCGGUGCCGUCGGAGCCCAGCAGCCCCCAGAGCAGCACCCGCUCCCGCUCCCCUUCUCCUGACGACAUCCUGGAGCGCGUGGCUGCCGACGUCAAGGAGUACGAGCGAGAGAACGUCGACACGUUUGAGGCCUCGGUCAAAGCCAAGCAUAAUCUGAUGACCGUUGAACAGAAUAAUGGUUCAUCUCAGAAGAAGCUGUUGGCACCUGAUAUGUUUACAGAAUCUGAUGAUAUGUUUGCUGCCUAUUUUGAUAGUGCGCGUCUGCGAGCUGCUGGCAUCGGAAAAGAUUUCAAAGAGAAUCCCAACCUCAGGGAUAACUGGACUGAUGCAGAAGGCUAUUACCGUGUGAACAUAGGUGAAGUCUUGGAUAAGCGUUACAAUGUGUACGGCUACACGGGUCAAGGUGUGUUCAGUAACGUGGUCCGAGCGAGGGAUAACGCGAGGGCCAACCAGGAGGUGGCCGUGAAGAUCAUCAGAAACAACGAGCUCAUGCAAAAAACUGGCUUAAAAGAAUUAGAAUUCUUGAAAAAACUGAAUGAUGCUGACCCUGAUGACAAGUUUCAUUGUUUGCGACUCUUCAGACAUUUUUAUCACAAGCAGCACCUGUGCCUGGUGUUUGAGCCUCUAAGUAUGAAUUUACGAGAGGUGUUAAAAAAAUACGGUAAGGAUGUUGGCCUUCAUAUUAAGGCUGUCCGAUCCUAUAGUCAGCAGUUGUUCUUGGCUCUGAAACUCCUUAAAAGAUGCAAUAUCCUCCAUGCAGAUAUCAAGCCAGACAAUAUCUUGGUUAAUGAAUCAAAAACUAUACUAAAGCUCUGCGACUUUGGGUCAGCCUCACAUGUUGCGGAUAAUGACAUAACGCCUUACCUUGUCAGUAGAUUUUACCGCGCUCCUGAAAUCAUUAUAGGUAAAAGCUAUGACUAUGGUAUAGAUAUGUGGUCUGUAGGUUGCACCUUAUAUGAACUCUAUACUGGAAAAAUUUUAUUUCCUGGCAAAACCAAUAACCACAUGUUGAAGCUCGCCAUGGAUCUCAAAGGAAAGAUGCCAAAUAAGAUGAUUCGGAAAGGCGUAUUUAAAGACCAACAUUUUGAUCAAAACCUCAACUUCAUGUACAUAGAAGUUGAUAAAGUAACCGAGAGGGAGAAAGUUACUGUCAUGAGCACCAUUAAUCCAACUAAGGACCUGUUGGCUGACUUGAUUGGGUGCCAGCGACUUCCUGAAGACCAACGUAAAAAAGUACACCAGCUGAAGGACUUGUUGGACCAGAUCCUCAUGUUGGACCCGGCUAAGCGGAUUAGCAUCAACCAGGCCCUGCAGCACGCCUUCAUCCAGGAGAAGAUUUAACUGAGAUGAAGAAGCUCCAAGGGUUUGAGUAACUAAAUACAAAGACUGAAGAAAUUUCACAGCAGUUUAUUAAUGUAUAUAAACUUAUAAAUAUUUCUCCAGCAAAUUUGAGGAAGCAUGAUAUAUUUGAAUUAACACCAAGGGUGAUAUUUCUUUUAGAAAUGUUAGUUAAUCUGUUUUGUGUCUUAUGUGAAAUCUCACUGUAGAACUGUUUUAAUCGCCAAGACUGCACAGAAUUACAGUGCUAAUGUAAAUGGUUGCAGUUCACAUAAAAGACAAAAGCACCUGUUAUAAAAUGAGUAGUAAUAUGGGUGGUUGAUUUACUUUAGCAAACUUGGCUUCAUUUUGGGCUUCAGAUGAAGUGGCCAGCAUAAAUGCUAUUUAUAUUCACGUUUUCCUAGGUGUGUGUGUGCGGGCACAGCAGCAUGCCCUGGGUGUAGUCAGUGCCGGAGGGCCUGUUCCUUCUUGAGCCUGCCUGCAGGGACGGCCUCCUCUUUUAAAGCAGGUUCUCUGCAGCACUCAGUACACUGAAGGUAAGCUGGACCAUCAACACCCCGCUGUGUCAGAUGUUACUUUACCGGGACAGUUGGCAAAUGAGGGGCGCUAGCGUUGUGGCAGAAUUCCCCGCAUGUGUGAGAGCUGCUCUUGUUUUAUUUUUUGGCAUCACAACUGUGGAGUAGUUACAGUUUCUGUUCUGUUCAUCACAUUUGCAAUUUGAAGAGAAUGCGCUUGAUGGAUAGAGCGCCUUCAGUGUACUGUUUCUUAGCAACUUUCCUUUUUUUAAAUCAACUUGCUAUAGACUUUAUACACAUUUUGUUAAAUACAGUUCCUAGUGACAGAAACAGUGCGUAGUUCCCUUUACUGAUAACACAUGUUGAGGCCUAAUUCUGGAAGUCCUCAUAUUUAAAAGCUAGAUAGACAACGUAAUGAAAUUUUUAACUAUUUGUAUGUCAUUUUGAAAGUGUAUGCUUUAUGGUAAAAAGUGUUUUUCAUUUGUUCAUUGUUUUCAUUAUUUGUGAUCAUGUUGUCUUUCAAUACAGGCAUAAACCUUCCACUCUUGAACAAAGCAGCUGCUUUUUAAAAGCGGUAAUUGCUUCUUUACCUUUUAUUUCUUUUGUAAAAUGAAGCUUUUCUUUAAGGAUGUGACUUUAAAGUGUUGUCUACUGCAUAAAACAGUUGACCCUCACUUACUGUAAAGUGAAGAUUGUUCUGCUGCAUGUGCGUGGACCAUGCAGAUUUCUGUAUGUUAUCAGUAUGCAUCACUAGAUAAUAAAGUCUUUUGUGAACAAGGCAUUGGUAGCCAUUUUUAAAAGUUUUUGUCUUCAGUGCUGGUAAGUCAGGUAAACCACGUAGAAUGAAAAGCAACCUUGCGUUUCUUCCUUUAAUUCUUUAACUGAAAGAAUUACUCGCUAAAGGUGUAACCUAACCAGAAAUGUAUAAUUUUAUUAAUAUUAGGAUCCUAAUUAUGUCAUCAAAAAAUUCUACCAGUAUUGUCAGCUUUCAGUGUAGUGAGGUAGUUCCUGUAGGUUGUGGGGUAGCGUCCAGGAUUUAACUAAUGUUUCUGCUGUUUUCUCACUUUUCCUUCUGAUGGUGCGGAAAGAGAAAAGGAGACGGGGCACAGGCCACUCACCGCCUUCUCCAGGGUCUGAUUUGCUGAGACACCAGCUGCACCUUCUUAACAAGGUUAUUUCUGACAGCAUGUGUAGAUAAACAUUUAGCAACAGUUUAAAUCAAAGUCAUGUCAAUCAGUUUGGUUUUGCAACACAAAGGGAGUAGUAACUUUUUUAACAUGGUAGCAGAGAAUUUUCAGAAAUGUAAUCUUUUCUGUUUGGGUGGUAAAAUCAAUGCUUGUCUCCCUGAGGCGUGUGGAAAAGAAUCAGAUUUUUAGAGGUUAACAUACUAUUUUAAAAUUGUAAAUGGGAUUUUUUUAUUCACCCAGGCACCUAAGUACAACACGCAUGCACGUUUUGGUGCAUUCAAGAAUGGAAAAUCAGAGUAGCAGCCUCCUUCUGGUGGGUUUUGCUCCAUUUAAAGGCAUGAAAUGACCUGCAGCCCGGAAGGUGCAGAUGCCAUCCUAGGCCAGCUCUGACUCUGUGCCCCCCUCUCCGUGUGGUUUAGCCCUAAAAGCCGACGUGAGCGCCAGGCGUGCUCGCCUCAGGCGGUGAGGCCUUGUAAGCAAGGCUCACGGCGCAGCUCUCCUGCCGGAACUAAACGUAGCGCUUUCCCACCAUGUUCGCUCUGGCGGACAGAGACGUGCUGCACAGUCGAGUGUUUCCCACAGAUUGUCACUCAAAGUAGUUAACAUUUGUAUGUUUCUGGUGACUUUUCAUGGCUUCGUUUUGUAUACUUAUUUAAGUAAGUUAACUUCCACUAGAAACAGUUCAUCUUAUGCCUUCAAAACUGUUACGCGUUCUUUAAAAAAAAAAAAAAAACAAAGUUGCUUGUUACUUGUUCUUUGUGUUUUAGGUGCAGCUCAGUGGAAGAUGAUGGGACCAGAAGACAUGAGCUAAGGUUUCUGUCCUAUAAAAGAUUUCAGAAAAAAGAACCCUCCAUUUAAUUUCUGUCUGGUUUUUCCGUUUCCAGCAUGAUGAUGUAGGGUGCAUUGCUGUCUCGGUUCUCAGAGUAGUGCUCCCGUGUCCCUUGUAAAGUGCUCGCUCAUCACGCUUCCUGCCCCGCCCCGCCCUCCCCGGAGUGACAGGAGGUGUCAGGCCCGGCAGUGUUAGUGUGGACGGGGUUGUCAGAGUCGGUCCCUGCAGACUGCUAGGAAAGCCACAGCCGCCAAGAGCGUCCGUCCGGAGGCAGCCUUCCGCCGCGGGGGGCGUGCUUCUUGGCCGAUGCCCAGGGGUAGAAAGAAGGCCUCAGUGCUGCUCAGCUCCCGGGGGCCCCGCCGUGGUCCUCAAGAGGAGUGAGAGGGGCGUCCCCUAGGUCGCUGGCAUUCCGGACUCGGGACUCCUGCGUUGCCUCCGUGAGCGGGCUUGGUCCUCGCCCGCGGAGCGGUAUGGGAGCCCGCGGUCUCCAGCGGAGACCUGGGGCUCUGCGGGGCCGCGGGGCAGGGCCAGGCGGCGGGCAGGCCCCCCAGGCGGGAGUGCCUGUGUCGCCGCUCUGCCGUUUCUCUCAGGAAGGUUUGGCUUUAUUGCACGGUGUGGCAAAAAUGGUAUCAAGUGAUUGUGAGACUUGAGGGUCUGUAAGUCCUAGAACGUGACCCACAGAGCGUAGUUUUCUCUGUAGUUGGUGGAGUGGUUGAGGCUACACGUCUUAGGAUCAUUUUUCGGGUAGACCUGUUGUCCACCAAGGUUAAAUAAACCUUAGGACCCUCCCAGCAUGAGCUCACCCUCAGUUCUUAUUAAUAGCAUCCUUCUCCUUUAUUCCCCAAUGCCUGUUUCAUUCCACUCUUUUUCUCAAAAUAAUUUUUGUGUUUAAAAAAAAAACACUUUUUUUAGUCACUGUAAUUACCACUUUCUUUCCCUGAGACAUACUCAGGACAUGUCUUUGGUAUGUGGUGGAGGCAGUGAGCUGUGACUUGUCCUGGGGUGCAGGCCGCCUCCUUUCCACCUGUAGUUUAUCGUGGUUUCAUAGUGGAACUCUAACUAGCUGGGGAGAAAGAAUCCCUGCAGCAGGAAUCCCGUGUCUUCAGAUGCAGGUCAAGCAGUUGAGGAUUUCCCUUCUAAAUACUGAGAUAGAAAAGAAGCCAGAUGUCACAUGCAGUCACUUAGUUGGGACAGCUUCCUGACGUGCUUUCUUUUUCAUAGCAUCCUAGUUCAGAUGUGAAUUUUUAUAGAAGUGUUCACUACAAAUUCAUUUGUUUUUUAUGUCAAUUAAUGUGCACCAAAUUGACUUUUAAAAUGCUUUCCGGUUACUUUGAUAGAUUUCAUCAUCGUGGCAUCUUUCUCUUCUCCUUCCACAUGUAGGGUAAGGGACUGUUCUUCUGAAGAAUCUUUGCAUUUAGUGAUCAAGAUACGGAAGCUGACCUCUGAAAAUGCUCAAUAUGUAUCCUAAUUAUUCCCAGUGUCCUUUGAGUUGUAACUUGCAUUUCAGCAGCAAUGUUCCCAAUUGACCUACUAGGAAAAUGUAAUAAACACGCCUCUUGUUA